AGAUGGAUCAGGAGAGAGCAAGCACACAGAGAGAUCCAAAGUUGACAACCAUGGGAUGCAGAUAGCCAACCAAUCACCAAACGAUCACUACGUGGAUCAGACAGAAAAAAGAGUCACAUCUGCGCUCGAUCAGCCAGGGUUCCAUUCCAAUUGGCACUACAAAUACCAUGAUUAAUUUCCCUCUCCCGGCCCAGUCACCACUCAAGUACUGAAGUACACAACGAUCUUCUUCUCACUCGCCAUGGCUUCCAAGAGCACAAUGCAUUCCCUUGUCCUCCUCAUGGGAUUGCUGCUGCUCUCAUGCAGCGGCACGAGCAGCGCGGCGCGGCUGCUGGAGGAGGUGGCGGCGCCCAAGGAGGAGUACCCGCACCCUGAAGUGCCAGAGCUGCCCAAGCCUGAGCUCCCGCCGCACCCUACGGUGCCGGAGUUUCCUAAGCCUGAGCUGCCGCCGCAUCCGGUCUUGCCGGAGCUGCCAAAGCCCGAGGUGCCCGUGCACCCCGCCGUGCCGGAGAAGUUGCCGAAGCCUGAGCUGCCGAAGCCCGAGGUGCCGGAGCACCCUGCUGCUGUGCCGGAGUUGCCAAAGCCUGAGCUGCCACCACAUCCCACUCCCACCGUGCCUGAGCUGCCCAAGCCCGAGGUGCCGGAGCACCCUGCUGCCGUGCCGGAGUUGCCAAAGCCCGAGCUUCCUCCUCACCCCACCGUCCCUGAGCUGCCGAAGCCUGAGGUGCCGGAGCACCCUGCUGCCGUGCCGGAGCUGCCGAAGCCUGAGAUGCCUGAGCACCCCACCGUGCCGGAGCUGCCACCUCUGGCUGAACCUGAGUUGCCAGUGCCACCAAAGGCCGAGAGCCACUACCCGGAGCCAGAGACCAAGCCGUGAUCGGCCGGCCUAUAUAUGCAUUAAUGAACAUUUGAUGUAUAAUGUGUGUACGUACGUAUGGUCUACACUUUGAUGUCUACCUGGGAUGUUGUUGGCCGCGCCGCCGGUGCCCCAUGAACACUACUCGCUAGGAGCGUCAUGUUUCCAGUAGAGUGUGUGUGUGUGUGUAUGUGUAUUUGCUUUGUAUGUAUGUGUAUUUGCUUUGUAUGUAUAUGUAUGUACUUUUGGUUAUAAUGCCUAUAUAUGCAGAGAGUAUAUCCAUGUAUCCACAAGUUUCAUUUAGAUUUAUUUAUCUUGGUGUUAUCAUGUCA